ACUGAUUCACAUAUAACGAGCUUUGCGACUACUGUCGUCCUGAAGUUCGCUCAGCUCCGCCGCCGCCGCCACCAUGUCGUCUGUUUACUUCCUGCUGCUGCUGCUCGAGCUGCGCCUUGCUGCGAGCACGGACGUCAGUCAGGGCAAACUGCAGGUGGAAGCCUUGCCCGGGGAUCCGUGCACGCUGCAGUGCACCGCCAAGCAGGAGCCCGGGGUGCAGUACAUAUCCGUGAGGUGGUAUAAGGUGAUUGGGGAAACGCGAUAUGGCCUGAUAAGCAAAAGCUUCCCCAACGGCACGACGCGGUGGUACGCUGACGUGGACCGGCGGGUGCAGCUGGUGGAGGGCUCGCUCAGCAUCUCCUUGCCGAGCGCGGACUGCGACGCCUGUGGCGAGUACAUGUGUAGCCUGUCGGCGCCGGUGGGACAGCAGAACCGUGACGGGCGGGUUCAACUCGUGGUGAAAGAUUGUCCAGUCAGCGCCACAGAAAAUGCAACCAAGGACUACUUGAUUAUUAUCGCCUCAGCUGUGCUGAUUGUAGCGCUUGUGAUAUUCUUCAUAAGCUAUAGCUGUUUGAAAAAAACAUUGAAAGGAAGAAACAAGUCAAUCAAAAAAGAAAUCCUCCUGGAUGGGUCGCUCAGACCUCUCGAUAAAAAGGACUUAAUGUUGAUCUACACAUUAGGACCAAAGACAAAAACAUCGAAGCACCUCUAUGUCUGAAGACUGUCAGUUCUCCUGGUGACUUCUCAAGAGCAUGUGAGGGCGUCUUCUGGUGAUGGGCCUGCCAUUAGCCUGAAAAGUCCUCCUUGUGAUCAGAUAUUGUGGUCAAACAGAUGAUAAACCUCUGACCACUUGUUGAGAGACGACGUGGCUGCAAAUCACGCUGCAGGAUGUUGAUCAAACAGCUUCAUGAAAGACCACGACUGUGACUGAGUGUGAGUCUGUGACCACGACUCAAAGAAAAAAGAAAAUGUAACUCCCUAAUCAUUACAUAUUUGGUUGAAAUCAGGUUUGAAUAAAUAGGAAGACAAAAUGAGCUUGUGCUUGGUUAGUUAGAGAAAAAUCUUUCAGAAGUCACAGCUCUUGUGUUCAUCAGUGAGGUUCAUUUGAUUGGAACAGUUCAGUAAAUCCAUGAAGUCAGCCCACAUGUCAGCGAUGUGUGAACGAGUGUGUGUGCUCGUCUCUCCACGUCGACCAUCUUCCCUGUGUGGACUCCGGCUUCACAGACAGUCAGCCGCGAUGCAGCGCCCCGCAGGUCACGGUCAGGUAGAGCGGUGUGGAAAGUGGAUGAAGAUGGAUUUUACUCAAAAGUUGUUGAGGAGGUGUCCACUGUGGCAGAACUUUGAGUUUAGGUUGUGCAAGCAAGAUACAGACUCUGUGGCUGGAUGGAAGAACUUGCUUUUGGCUACUAACUUGCUUCACCUGUUUAUAUAUUUUCUGUUCUGUUAGCAGUCGUCGGGUAUACAGUAAACUGGUAUCACCAUGCAGAUUGUUAAAAUGUCAUGUUACGGGAGAAAAAAUUGAUCUCUGAAAUGAAAUGUGAAAAACAGUCAACAACACAGUCUACUUUAUGUCACUACUUUAUGUCAUCAAAUGUCUGUCAUGUCUUUUGGAAGAAACCUGAAAUCUGUGUGUGCUUUUUUUUUGUACAUGAAAUUAUUUUUUUAUAGAGAAAAAUUUAAUAAACUGGGAUCAUUGAAAAAUA